AUGAUUUACUGGACACACGUGAAAUCUCCAGCACAUCUGCAGCUGCUUAGUUGUGAAUCAUGUCGCCUGGUCAGUGCGCGGCUGUCGGCAUCGCUCGUGGGAGAAGCUUCGGUCCCGCCUGGCCGAACUCCGAAACAUAGGCACGGGGAGAGUAUGGGCAAGGCCGCCGCAACGGUGCUGGCCGUAUCUGCCCUGGCUAGAACCAGGCCCACAUCCAAGCAUCUGGGAUUAAGAUGUCCGAGGAGCUCUCUACAAGGUAGCACGGUACAGCUGCGCGCUGCUUCAACGGAGGCGGUCAGCAUCUUUGGUCUGAGUCUUCUCAAAGCUGGCCUCGAAGGAGUGUGCGCCCUCCACUUGAGCCAGCUUUGUAAUGACCUGCUGUGCCUUGAUUUGAAUUCUACUUCUGCUGUCGAAGACGAUUACGACGAGGAAAGCAAGGAUCACAACAAAUUAGGAACAACGUACACUCCGCCACAGCUACAUCAGAUCGAAGGCGUCAACACCGACUACUACUGCCAGUACGGUAGUGAUCUAGUUGCAGCAAUGGCGUCCAGACUUGUGUGCCUUUUGCCGCUGAUCUCCAACACGCUCGGUGCUGAAGUCAGAUCGCAUCAUCCUCUCCGAGAGAAGUUUGAUGGCUUUCGUCAGCAGUACGGUCGAACAUACCAGGAAGGCACCGAAGAGUACGAAAAGCGAUUUACGCUGUACCGCAAUGCAGCUCUCCUUGCUGAGCGUUUCAACAGUCGCCCAGGGCGUUUGUGGACCGCCGGAACGGGACCUUUGGCCGAUCGCAGUGAAGAAGAGCUCCAGUCUCUCCGGGGCUGGUUUGGAAGUGCCCGAGGUGGUCGCAAGGCCCGUGGCAACCUUCGGAUGGCGUCUCUAGCACAGCUUGGAUCUGCAGACACACCUCAGGAGUUCCUGAAUUGGACCUCUCUGUCUUCACUCGAAAGCGUUCGCGAUCAGGGAGGCUGUGGCUCCUGCUGGGCUGUGACGGCAAGUACGGUCUUGGACAGCCACGCAGAGAUCUACAAGUCCAAGCAGAGGAGUUUCUCAGCCCAGGAGCUCGUUUCCUGCGUCGCCAACCCCAAGAAGUGCGGUGGCUCAGGUGCCUGCAGCGGAGCGACCGUUGAGUUGGCCUUCCAGUAUGCCAUGGACCAUCCGGUGCAGACAGCUGCAGAUGUCCCUUACGAAGCAGUCGACGGGAAAUGCCAGGGUUCUGCUUCCCUCUUGCAGGGCGACUCCUCGGGUGACACAGAUUUGGAUGUGGCUGCAGUCGGCUUCCAUGCCGCGAGCUCCGAUGCUCCGGGUUUGAAGUUCAUGACCGGUUGGGAACGGCUGAAGGAGAACGGCUACUCCGAGCUGCUGCGCGCAAUAAGCGAGCGCGGCCCGGUGGCCGUCUCGGUGGAUGCAACGACUUGGAGCGCGUACAUGUACGGCAUCUUCGACUCCUGUGAAAAAGAUGCGGUCAUCAACCACGCGGUUACACUUGUGGGCUACGGCGUCGAGAAGAGCAAUGGCAAGAUGUACUGGACCAUUCAGAAUUCCUGGGGGCCAAACUGGGGCGAGGAUGGCAAGAUCCGGCUCUUGAGACGGGAGGACGAGGAGAGCUACUGUGGUAUUGAUCACCAGCCCGAAGAAGGGACCGGAUGUGAAGGCGGACCCAAGCAGGUGAAGGUCUGCGGAACCUGCGGCAUCUUGUACGACAAUGUGGUGCCGCACUUCAAAAAUGGAUUUGCCUUGUUCCUGAGGCGGGAGGAGACGCCCAAAGAGGCCUCCAAUAAGGGCCGAGGCAGCCGAGGAAUGGCGGAGGAGGUAGAUGGUUUCGACGAUGUCUCCGACGAUGAAGGGCUCGCGUGGGCGGGUGCACAGGAAACGACAUCCUGGAUACGAGCAGAGGUGACGAUACCCGAAGGUUGCGAGGAAGGUGAUGUGUUUGAGGUUUUGCUGGACGACAUUCCGUUCGAGGUCACCGUACCGAAAGGCAAAAAGGCGAAUGACAUGCUUGAGCUAGAGGUGCCUGCAGAUGAUUUCAAGAAGUCCCCAGACCCACCCGAGGCCCCCGAGCCGUCAGACAAACCCGAGUCUGAGGAGGACGGGCUUCAAGGUGAGAAGGAGCAUCGGCACGUGAGCUUCACGGAUGCCGAACCUGCGGUCGUUCUGUUUCGGCCAGAAGUUGGUGGCUUGCAGGGCCCCGAACAGACCGAAGAGCCAGGGCAGCGAGGGGAUUGUGACAAGGUGGAGCUGACCGUCCCAUCCCAAUGUCGGCCGGGGGAUGUGUUGACCGUACGCACCGGCCAUUCGGAGAUGGAGCUGACAGUGCCCGAGGGCUGCAGGCCGGGUGACGUCCUGGAGGUGAAUCUGCCAAGGGAGGAAGGGGAAGGGAGCCUGGGCCCGGAGGGGAUCCCCGAGGGGAGCCCGGAGGAGAGUCCCGAGCAGAGCCUGGAGGAGGACGCACCCGUCCUCCUUGCAUUGCUCGAUGGCAAGGCCGAGGAAGAGCCGGUCUUGGCCGAGCCGGCCGAGCGGCCCGAAGAUGCCAAGGAUGCCCAGGUGGCAGGCGAGGGUGCAACCUCUGAGGAGCCAGAAGCCGAGCUUUCCCAGGCACCAACCGAGCCAAGCGAGCCUGAAGUGGAAGAGCGCCCAGAACCUCUGCAGCCUGAGCCAGAGCUCAUGGAAGCGACACCUGAAUCCUGUCAGUCAGUGCCGGAUCAAGAGACAGAGGCUCUGUCCGCAAAAGUUGCGGAGCUUGAGGCUCGCAACGCAGAGCUACAGGAAACCGUAUUCAAACUGCAGCACGAGAAGAAGUUCCUGUCGAGCUCGCUUACAGCGUCAUUGACUACAUCCUACGCAAAAAGCCAGGUCUACCUGGGCAAGCACGCAAAGGAUGAGGCCAAAAGACGCGGGCAACAAGUCAGCGAACAGACGCAGGCAUAUGUCCAGACGGAGCCAGCCGGCCCAGCUUGGGGAGGCAUGCAGGCCAUGGGAGACAUGGAUUUGGCAUUGAGCGCACCGACAUUGCCAGAACUGCCGCUGACUUUGCCGAAUGCGAGAGCACCACACCUGGAGGACUGGGAGAAAGAUAAUGCGAGCAUUGCCACGUUAAAGCUGGCAGUGUUGACCCUCAAGCAGCAGAAGGAGGACUUGCGCCAAAAGCUUGCUGCAACGCAAAAAGAAAAGAUUAGGCUGGAACUUCAGGAACGAAACUCUGUUCAGCUUGAAGCCUAUGCGCAUGCCUUGCUAUCCCUGAAGACGGAGAACGCAGAGCUCCGGGAGAUAGCUUUGCAGGUGCUGAGGGGGAAGGAUGCGGAUGCGAGUCCGAACGAACACAAGGUGCAGGUGCCGAGAGUCGCCGUCAAGGCCCGCAACAAGAUCUCCCAGAGCAGGCCAAAGUCUGCAGAAGCUGCCAGCAAGUGGCUGAAUGCCCCAUCGCCCUCCAAGCCAAGGCGGCACAAGGUCCUGCCUGUAGCCAUGGACUUUGAACUUGAGGAUUUGGAUGGUGCCAGGCAAGUCGCGCCCGUCGCACUGCCAGUGGGCCAUGCCGGAGGCUUGCAGGGCGUACCCCGGCGACGCAGCCAGAGCGAUGGCUGCGUGAGACUCUCCAAGCCUGCCCGGCCAGCCCCUGCUGCCUGCAAUCCGAGACUUGCGAGCGCAAGACCCGCCGCUUUGAGGGGAGAAGCUGGCCUUGAGGUCUUGGCAUCGCCGGGUGGCGCAUCCAAAGUGCAGGCCUUUGCGGAGCCUCAGGCUGCACCGAGCCCGACCAGCCCGGUGCUGGGAGAUUCGGCGUCCGGCACAUCCGUCCUGGCCUGGUCAUCUUGGCGCCAGCGGGAGAGUUGGGCGCCCAAGGGGCAGCCGAAGAACUCUGACGCCUCGAAUGCCACCACAGAGGGCCGCCUAGCAACCGCAGCAAUCUACGCGGGAGCUGCGAUGAAUGCCAACACACUGGGCUGGGGUGCGACUGCGCGAGCUGCGGAAGCCGCGGCACGGCAGAAGUAUACCACGGAAUCGAAGAAGUGCUCUGGUGAUCCGGAUCUCUCAUCGCUUGAUGCGGCCCUGAUCGCUCCUCUGGCCGACAUCACGCCUGCCCAGGUGAACGAGCGCUCGGCGAGUGGAGCUCUCGUCCUGGAGCCGGGACAGGCACCGCAGCUGCAGUGUGCGGAUCCGUCCACAUGUGCUUCUCCCACAAAUUCCACUUACCUGGCCGCCGACGACGGCCAACUGCGCAGCUUCUUUAUCGGUGGCUCAUAUUUGGACGGAAAGGACCUUGCGGCUUGUUGUCCUCAAUUCACUUUGGUAGACGAUGGUGUUGGCUACCGCGGGGAUGGCCUUCCCAUCUUCCGCCAUAGCUUCACCGGUGCAUUGCUGCUGGGGCACGCGGUUUUCCUUUGUCCGCCUGCUGCUUCACAGGAUCUCCAGCUGCUGUUCCGGCGUGGGCCUCUAUCCACCGUUCGCCGGUUUGGUCAAGGUCUCUUGGGCUGUGCGGAGCUUCUCUACGAAUUCAUCUCUGGAUCGGAUGAUGGCAUGAGUCCAAGGGAUGCAGGCGUCCAUGGCGGCUUCCUUGCCCUACGACACGGGCCGCGGAGCACUGCGAGCAUUGGUGAGACAGGGGGAAGCGAGUCUGACAGCAAGUGCUAUGUGGCCAUCGUCGUCGAUGCGCAGAGCUGCAGUGCAUGCACUCGAGAAUGCUUAGCAGGUAGAGACUUCGAUGGCGACUUUCUGGAUGCUUUUUUCGUUUCGCUGACAGAUGUGGAGGAGGGAGCAGGCUUCGUAUUCCAAGCGAUCGAAUGCAGACUGGAAAGAGAGCUUCACAACAGUGACGGCGAGGGACGAGCAGUACGAUGUUUGGGACACUUCUUGUCGUCCAUCGGCAGAACGGAGGAAGCUGCGAAGCUGUGGCAACAGGCCAUCCAGUGCGACGAGGCAGGCAAGGACUGCAAGGACACCCUGCAGAUUGCACACUCCGCAUCGGCGCUGGCUUCCUGCCUCGACGACCUGGGCCGUGCGGAGGAGGCCGAGCCUCUUCACAGCAGGGCCCUGGCCUCCUUUGAGAGGGCCCUGGGCCGGUCCUGUCCGGAUGCAGCGUCGGCUCGGCUGGCGUUGAUGACCUGCCGCUACGUGCAAGGGCUGGCAAAGAAGCACGGCCUUCUGCCUUCAGCCGGAGAUGCGCUUCUUCGCAUGGAGGGCGCUUCAGCACAUGCGCUUGCUACGAUCUUCAGCAAGGCUGUGAGUGCGGAGAAGGAGGAGGACUUGCAUGUCAGCGAGCUCUUUCACCGACAGGCCCUGGGCGUGUUGCGAAGAACGCUCGGGCAUCAUCAUCCGGACACCUUGCACUGCCUGAACAACCUCGCUUUGUGCCUUGGGGACCAGGGCAAGCUAAAGGAAGCAGAGCAGCUGUUGCGCCGGACCCUGGCGGGCAUGGAGGUGGCGCUCCCACCCUCGCACCCUCGACCCAUCCAGGCGCUGAGCAACUUGGCCGGUUGCCUCGCGGAGCAGGGCAAGCUGGCCGAGGCGGAGCAGCAUCACCGGAGGGCUUUCCAAGCCUGCAAGCGCAAGCUAGGCUGGAAGCAUCCCGAAACUGCCGCCGCGGCGCAAAGCCUUGUGCAGUUUCUGAUGCUUCACGGCCACGCCACGGAGGCGGCACUUCUCGAGUUACAGGCGCAGCAGUUCGGGACAAGGUUGACGGCGCCGACAAGGUUGCACGUUGGCGGAGCUCGGACGGCUCUCUUCAACUGGCUCUUUGCCAAGUCCCAAGGCGGCGAGCUGAUCCUCCGAGUUGAGGACACGGAUGUCGCCAGAUCGACGAAGGAGUCCGAAGAUGCGAUUUUGGAGGGCCUGAAAUGGUGCGGCAUCUCCUGGGAUGAGGGCCCGGAUGUGGGUGGCGAGCACGGGCCAUAUCGGCAAUCCGAGCGCAUUAAGGCUGGCAUCUACGAGAAGCAGCUGGAAAAGCUCAUGGCAGAAGGUCAUGCCUACAGAUGUUUCCUGACGCCAGAGGAGCUUGAUGAGAUGCGAGCCGAAGCUGAAAGAAACGAGCAGGCCUUCGUGGUGCAGAGCCCGUGGGCAAAUGCGUCCGAAGAGGAAGUGCAGGCCAUGAUCGACAAGGGCAAACCCUACGUGUACAGAUUCCGAGUCCCUUUUGACAGGGAAAUCGUGGUAGAUGAUCUGGUGCUUGGUGAGGUCAUCUGGAACUCUGACGAUCUCGGCGGCGACUUCGUCAUUGUCCGUCAGAACGGAAUGCCCAUGUACAAUUUUGGCGUCGUCACCGACGAUGCUUCCAUGGGCAUCACCCACGUGUUGAGAGCCCAGGAGCACCUGAUGAACACGCCACGGCAGAUUUUGAUGUACGAAGCUCUGGGCCUCAAGGUGCCCACCUUUGGUCACAUGCCAUUGAUCCUGGCGCCGGACCGCACCAAGCUGUCGAAGCGACACGGCGCAGUUUCAGUCGGCGAGUAUCAGAAGCGAGGAUACCUACCUUCUGGCCUUGUGAAUUAUCUGGCUCAGCUGGGAUGGAACGACGGGACCAAGCAGGAGAUCUACACCAUCGACGAGUUGCUCGAGGCCUUCAAGAUGGAGCGCAUGAGCAAGGUAGCAGCCAUCUUUGACACGGACAAGUUCAAGUGGGUGAACGGCCAUCAUGUGCGGCGGCUGAGCGACGAGGAGGCCUUGGAGCAGAUUGGAGCCCGACUGAAGGACCAGGGCCUCGUGAAAGAGGUCUCCGGCGACUUUGUGAAAAAGGCCUCGCAGCUGCUCAGAGACCGAAUAAGCACCCUCGAAGAUGCCGUCGAGGAGCUGACUGCCAUGCUCGAGUUUGAUCUGGAGGGAAUGAUGGCGAAGGAGGUGGCUAAGCCGUACAUAGAGGACGGCUCGCUCAAUGAGACCGCGCAGCUGCUCUUGAAAGCGAAGGAGCAGGGCGACUUUGAUGACAUUGGGAAGGAUCCACAGGUGAUGAAGAAGAUUGCAAAGCAGAUCAGCGAGGCCCGUGGAGGUGUGAAGAAGAAAGCCCUCCUGGUCCCUCUUCGGCUGUGCCUGACCUCCUCGGCUCAAGGUCCGGACAUGAGUGUCUUCUUCGAGAUGCUCCAGGAAGUUGAUGACAACGUGCUCUGCAAGUGUGUCUCCUUGGAUGAGCGGCUUGACAUGCUGAAAGAAAAGUUCGUGGACCAGCCUGUUAAGUCGCCCAUAGAUGCUGGUGAACUCGCUGGUGCAAUUAUCGAGGCUGGGCAUGAUAGCCAGGCCAAUUUUUUCUCAGAGUUAAGCAUAGCAAAUGAGCAGCCGUCGGAUGGAAGGAUUGGUCGCGAGUAUUCCAAGGAAAAGGCUUGCCGGCGUCCCUGCGACAGUCAACCUGCUGGAUUCCGCUCAGAGGCUUUCCGGCCUAACCAAAUUGAUGAGCAAAACAGGGCAGCAGCUGGUUUGGGGAAGAGUACUCGUGCAUGGUUGCGGCAAGCCGUGUCAGCGGCAUGGACGAUCAAAGAGGCCCGCGCGGAGGCCUUUGACAUGCUCAGGAAAGCGGUGCCUCAAGAUGCGCCGGAGAUCGUACGCGUGUACCUGGCGACUUGGCGCUCACACGGCUCAGUGUUGCUGAGGACCGGCGAGUCUGCCACGGCGUCUGCAUUGGAUGACGAGGCGCAGCAACAACAGCUGAAACGCUUCACUUCCUUCCUGGAGUCAGGGCAGCGCCACUUCAUUGUCGCUGAAGACGACGCGGCGAGACCGCAGCGCCUGAGUGCCUUCAUCAGCUUCGGGCCGAGCUACACUCGCGAUGGCUUUGGAGAGGUCAUGCAGCUUUUCGUGCAUCCUGACUUUCAACGCCGUGGCCUGGGUACCAAACUCCUGCAAGCCGCGUGGCUUGAGCUUCGUGAUCGGACGUGGUCCAAGAUGGGCUGCCAUGUUUGGUGCACGAAAGGCAAUCCUGCCAACCGGGUCUACGAGCAGGCGGGCUGGUUCUCUACUGGCCGGCAGAAAAGUCUGAAGCCAAGCCUCAGCAAGGAUCCCGUCGAGGUGGAGGAGUUUCAAGCGCCCGAAGCGCCGGCGAAAGGCCCGAAAAGCUGGCAGAGCUGGCGUGGCCCCAGGUUUCUUCUUGGGUUGGCCGUAGGGAUGCUUGUGGGCGCCGUCAUGAAGGCAGCCCUUCUGCGUGGAAGAAGCUCUUGA